GAAGUAUCAGAUAUUAAAUUGGUCUAUUUACGAUUUGGAAGCGAUGCAUUUUCCUUUUGUAUGAAUAUAUAUUUAAAGUGCAGUCUAUUCGUCGUAUCAUGUUGGUUUUAGUAGAAAUCUCGCCGAGCCUGGCGCUGUGGGAUGCGUUUUUCUCGAGCGCUCUCUCAGACUCCGACAGGCCUUUUCGCUAUCGGAUCCCGUUAGCUCAUGCUAACGCUAGCGCUAGCUUUUCUAUCGCCUCGGCACCGCUGGAAGAAAAACGCGUCCGGCAGACGUGCCCAGCCAGCGUUAUAGUCCAAACUGCUCGUCAACAAAAGCGUCUUCAAGCUUUUUUUAAAUCACGACAAAAAGUUAUUAUUGUGUUGACGAGUGAUCUAGACGCGGCGCGAGUCUUGAAGUCGUGGAGUUAGAGCGGUCCUCCUCCGUGGACUCAGCCGAAGGCUUCCCUAGGGAGUUCGAGCCCUGUUGGCUCUCUGUCAUCAGAAGAUCAUGACUUUGACCCAACGGCAGAGAUGCUAGUUCAUGAGUAUGACGAUGAAAGGACGUUGGAAGAAGAGGAAUCGCUGGAAGGGGAAAAGAACUUCAGCACCGAGUUAGCAGAUCUGGAGAAGGAGAGAAAUAUGCCCCUGGAGGAACUGUUGGCCAUCUAUCGGUAUGAGGCAUCGGUCAGUACAGCCGCAGGGUCAAGUUUGGACAGCUCUUCUGGUGAACUGGCUGAUGACCUGCCUGAUAUGACCCUGGAUAAGGAAGAAAUAGCCAAAGAUUUGCUGUCAGGUGACUAUGAGGAAGAGACACAGUCGUCAGCUGAUGAUCUAACCCCUUCUGUGACCUCCCAUGAAGCCACUGACUUCUUCCCAAGAACCCUCAGAUCCAACGCAACCUAUGAUGGUGAUAAAGAGUCUGAGGGAGAAGAGGACGGCCUCAAUCCAGAGGACUCAAGGAAGGAAAUUAUGGUUGGGGCGCAGUAUCAAGCAGAGGUUCCCACAGGCCUCGGCUUAUACUCAGACAAUGAGAAAGUGUUUGAGGAGGAGGAUCAGUUGCUCUGGAGUCCUGAUGUGUUGUCAGAGAGGAAGGUGGAAGAUUUCCUCAGAGAGGCUCUGUCUAAGUCUGCAGAGGGCGGAACGGAAAACUCCACAUGUGGGGGACGCAUACGGGAUAAUGAACAGGCUUUGUAUGAGCUUGUAAAAUGUAACUACAACACAAGUGAAGCCCUGACACAUUACUGCAGUAAUCUUAAGUCCUCAAAAGAAGAAUCGCCACCAUGGUCUGAAGAAGAGUGUAGAAAUUUUGAACAUGCACUGCAGAUAUAUGAAAAGAACUUCCAUCUAAUUCAGAAAAACAAGGUUCCAACAAGGACGGUCGCAGAGUGUGUAGCCUUCUACUACAUGUGGAAAAAGUCUGAACGUUUUGACUAUUUUGUUCAGCAGAAUCGGUUUGGAAAAAAGAAAUACAGUAUUUACCCUGGUGUGACAGACCUGAUGGACCGACUGGUGGAUGAGGCUGAGGGUCUGGCAGUGGACAGCUCUUCAUCUGUGUGUUCAGGUGGAGCGGGAGGAAGGAUAGAGGUGUCUGCAGAACAGCAACUUGGCCUCCUCAACACAAUCACUGCAAGUGACCUGACAGCUCUAAGCAACAGUGUGGCGUCUGUCUGCAGUCCAGCAGAUAUGAGCUGUUUAGACUCCUCCUACUUCCCCCCUCUGGAGAGUUUACACCGGGGAGCGCUGGGCCAUGAUGAAGCACUGGGCUACCCUGCAGGUGGUGAUUCCGGUUGCCUCAGUGUAUUGGACUCGGCCUUCUACCGCUCUGACCUGGGCCAGCUGGGGGUGUGCAGCAGCAAGGACUGCGAGCGCCCCUCCAAACGCCUCAAGAUGGGCCUCUCCGAGUCCUUCAUCAAUGACGUGGCUGUUACCAACCUGGGUGUGGACUUUGAGGGCAGACGCACGCAUCGCAUCACAGGCGCCAAAAUGGCCGUGUCAGUCACAGACUUCGGUAGCAUAGCUAGUGGAGAAGCAAAUGGUUUUAUCAGCUCGCACUCACGCCACCACCAGCACACUGCACUGCAGUCUGACUGACCCCAACACACACACACCCCUCCUCCCAGCCUGUACAGAUAUUCCCACAGACUGAACCUUAGUUUGUAUUCUAAUUAUGUAUAAAUAUACUUUUUUCCUUUUUAAUUAUUUUUGUUUUGUUUCUUUGUUUUUGUUUUUCAUUUGGUAAUAUGACAUCAGUGAUGUCUUUAUUGUACAGAGCUAAGAAAUCUUGAUUUCUCAAGAGUUUAAAUAGCCAUUUAUUUUUCUGGUCCUUUAGAUAUUUAAUAUUCUUAUCAGCGUCAAAUUGCAGUUAAACCUAAAUGCUGGAGUAGAGCUGUGGUAUUUUCUCUCUUACUGUACUCAUCCCUAUAACAGCACCCUUUAGAUUUACUCUCCCACAUAAGCGGUUGUUGCCAGAAACUGCAUCAACUUUUUUUUUUU